AUGGCAAGCCAUGGCGUUCGGCGCUUCAAACCGGUGGAGAAAACACCGGAAGAGCGACAGCAAGAGCUGCAGAAGAUUUAUGAAUACAGAUCCUUAGAACGCCUGGUGUCAGAGGAGAUGGCCGAACAAGAAUAUACGGCUGAGACGCUGAAGAACAUUUCCGACUUGCUUAGCCGCAACCCAGAGUACUACACCGUCUGGAACUACCGACGACAAGCCCUUCGACACCAAUUUUCUGAUGCUGAAGGCUCUUCUGAGGAAGUCUCAACCAACCAGAUCGCCGAGCUGAUCAAGGAUGACUUGGUCUUUCUGAUACCUCUCUUGCGCAGCUUCCCUAAAUGCUACUGGAUCUGGAAUUAUCGUGUAUGGCUAUUGAACGAAGCCCGCCAUCUGCUCCCAUUGGCCGUGUCUCGCCAGUUCUGGCAAGAGGAGUUGAAACUGGUGGGCAAGAUGUUGACGCUGGAUAGUCGCAACUUCCAUGGCUGGGGAUACCGACGCCUGGUGGUGGAGACCUUGAAGCAACUGGGAACUCCCGCCGAGGCCGCCAGCAUGACCCAGAAGGAAUUUGAGUACGCGAAAAACAUGAUCGGUGCCAACCUAUCCAACUUUUCCGCGUGGCACUACCGCACGAAGCUUAUACUGGAGCUGCUUGAGGAGCAGUCCGCCAGUGACGACGAGCGGAGGGGGAUGUUGGACGACGAACUGGCGCUCAUCCACCGAGCCUUGAUUGACCCCUAUGACCAGUCGCUGUGGUUUUAUCACCAGAAUCUAAUGUGCGUCUUUGAUCCGGCCGCCGCCGGCCGGACAAUGGCUCCGAGCCUGAGCGCGUCAGAGCGACUUCAGUACCUCCGGAACGAGAUCGAAGCCAUCCAGGAGAUGUUGGACGGGGCGGAGGACUGCAAGUACAUCUAUCAGGCGCUCAUUGAGUGCACCCUACUGGUCUCGAAGGUAGCUGGCCAGUUGUCCACGGAGGAUCGGAACCAGAUUCUGAGCUGGCUCUCAGAGUUACAGCAAUUGGAUCCGCUGCGGAAACAACGGUGGCUGGAUUUUGAGAGAACCCUACCUAAUGUAUAA